AUGUCACCAAGAACGGGGUCACGGAGGUUUGAUACAGCGUGUGAAUACUCAUUUGGGCUGGGCAUACACAUCAUGCUCCCAGGAGAGUGGCUGCCAAGCCUACAAGUAACACACCCGGUCAGAGCAGCCAGCUUACGUAAGCCUAUAAUCAGUAUUUUGUUCCAUGUGAUUGCUGUGAAGCACCUGAAUCAAAGGAUGGCUCCAUAUGUACUCAGCGCCACUAAAGAGUCUCUAAUGAUCGUGCCUCAGUUACCAUUCCUUGAAAUGGGCAUGGAAGGUAUUCUUGCCAUCACAGUGGUGCUGCAACGUGUGGAACAGCAAGGCACUCCGCAGCACGUUGAGGCCGAGAAGCUGCUGCUCUUAGCUAGUCAGAAAAGGCAGACUGCUCUCAAUGAAAUCCAGAGACUGAAGACUGAGGGUGCCUUGGCUCAGCGCAGUUGGCCAGGGGAUGAGGAUUGUUGCCAAGGCUCUAUCAGCAUAUCCAGGAUAUCAGUUCCUCUCAAGCAGGACUUCAUUAAGAAGGGGAUCAGUGGUGAUACCAUUUAUCAUCUGAUGGUCCUUGUGAAGCACCGCGACCAGGUCAUAUCCUCACAGCUGCUUACAACACCUGAGUGUGUAGUUGAUGGUGCCGUCACUUUCCCUAAUCUAAUGUCUUUGCAUCAUCUUACAUCUGACUUCAACAUUGCACUGGAAGUUUAUGCCCUGAGCACAAUUCAUCACCGGAACCUUAGCAUCAAGAAGGUGAGCACAUUCUCUGUGUGGAACGAGAAAUGUAUACUUGUGUUGCCAUAGUUCAGCUGGUCUUAU